AUGCAAUAUCAAGUCAAGGCGGCCGUGCACAAGCGUUUACUGGUGGAUUCUAUGACCUCUCCAAUUGAUAUCACGGGGGACCAUGCCUUCCAGCCUCCAGAUUUUGAGAAAGGUGACCAGCGUGGACCUUGUCCUGGUCUGAAUGCCUUGGCGAACCAUGGAUAUAUCCCUCGCAGCGGUGUAGUGUCUUUCACCAACGUAGUUGCUGCCAUUAAUGAAGUAUACGGGAUGGGAAUCGAUCUGGCAACGAUCCUCGGCGUGAUGGGUACAGUCUGGACAGGGAAUCCACUGUCCUUAGAUCCCAGCUUUUCCAUCGGGGGAAGGGAUACAGGCGUCAACAAUCUUCUAGGGAACCUUGAUGGUCUCCUUGGUGAUCCACAAGGCCUCAUUGGCUCCCACAAUUUCAUUGAAUCCGAUUCUUCCAAUACGCGGGAUGACCUCUAUACAACCGGUAACAACCACGCUCUCAACAUGAGCAAGUUCAUGGAAUGGUAUGACAUGUCCAUGGACGGCACAUUCAGUAUGGACCUGAUGGCAAAACGAGCGAAGAUUCGUAUGGAUCAAACUAAGCAGACGAAUCCGGAAUUCUACUAUGGGCCAGUCACUGGGUUGAUUGCGCGCAAUGCCGGUUAUCUAUUCCCAGCAAGACUUUUUCGAAAUCAUUCGCAAGUGAAUCCAGAGGGCGUUCUGACUAAGGAAAUAGUUCGUAAUUUCUUCGCCAUCUACGGCGAAGAGGGCAACUUCACCUAUCGGGAAGGAUGGGAGAGAAUCCCUGAAAACUGGUACAAGACUCCAGUAGACUAUGGUCUGGUGCAACUUAACCUUGACACCCUCGACUGGCUCCUGAAGUAUCCCGAGCUUGGAAGUAUUGGAGGAAACACUGGAACCGUCAACAGUUUCACAGGAAUCGAUUUGUCUGAUGCCACAGGUGGUGUCUUGAACCUAAGUACCCUCUUGAAGGAGAACAACCUCCUCUGCUUUGCGUUUGAAGUCCUGAAAUUCCUCAGCCCUAACGCUCUCGCGGGCUUGUACAAGACGCUGUCUAUUCCAUUGGAUUUGAUCAGUGAUGCGAUAUCCACACCGCUGUUAAAUUUCUCAUGUCCCGCAUUCGAAGACAUGCAGAUGGGUGGAAAGCCAUUCUGGGAAGCUAUUCAGAAUGACUUUCCUGGGCUGCCAAAAGUGGUGGCGCAUUUUGACUGUGCUCACAAUGAGGGUGACUUUUUCAACGGAGGAGCCAGCCGCAGCCGCGCCGGCCGAUCCAGUCCAUCAGUCUACUCGUCCUCGUCGUCGCGACGAGCACGACCUCGGUCUGGCUUCGUCCAAAAAGUAGUCCAUAUCAUCAAGCGACUGCUACGGGACAUUUACAAGUAUGCCCGUGAGCACCCAAUGAAGGUGCUGGUCCUGCUUCUCAUACCGCUCCUUACAAGCGGUGUUCUGCAGAAAUUGUUCGCCAUGAUUGGCAUUCGUCUGCCCAAGAACAUCUUUGGCGGCCAAGGUGGACAAUCCCGAGAGGGGGGCAAGAACGGCAUCAUGGAGAAUUUGAGCUCAUUUAUGAACGUUGCGAAGAUGAUCAUGUAA